AUGAAAGGAAAAUCUAAGGAUUAAUUAUCAACAAAUCUGUAACUUUAUUAUCUAUGAAAGAGAACAUAUUGCUUAGAUGAAACAGUAAAAUCAAACUUUGCAAGAAGAGUUAUAAUAAGAUGGAAAAAAUAACGAUUUUGAGAAAAUGAGUACUUUGCAAGAAGAAUGUGCAUAAUAUGCCAAAAAAAUAGAAGUUGAAAGUAAGAAAUAGGUAAAUCUGAAUUUAAUAAAAGAGAGAUCUAGAACAGUUAAUUCAGAAUGCUGAAUAACAGUUGCAAGAUCAUAGAAAAAAAAUGAGUAAUUCUGAUGGAAUAUAGCUACCUAGUUUAAUUAAGAAAUAAAAAACUUUAGAAAGGUACAUGCUUAUUCCACAUUUAGUUAAUUAGAACAAAUAAAACUGAAACAUAAUGAAUCAUUAGCCGAAAUAAAUCAAUUAAUGGAAUAAAUAAAUACUGCCAGAAGGGAAAGGGUCAUUUAUAGUAAUGUUUUUAAAAAACUUGAAAGUGAUAUUAGAGCAAAAGAAGAAGAAUUUAAAAAAUAAUUAUUGAUUAGAAAGUAAAUAGAACAUGAAUUAAACCAAUGUUAGGAGUAAUUUGAUAAGAUGAAAGAGUAAUUGAAUAUGUUAUUCAUUAUAGAUAAGCUACCCAAGUUGUGGAAUCUAAUAAAUAAGAAUAUACAUAAAUAUUAAAAACCAAUAGAUUAGAUGAAACAGAAGAAUAAUCACCUAAAAAUUAGUAGUAACAAUAAUAAUAAUAGCAGCAAUAAGCAAAACAAGAGAGUAAAUCUUAAUAAAUAAAAGAAUCCUAAUAACCAAAAUAAUAGAUAUAAAUGUAGAAGGAUGUUGAGGAUGUAUCGAAUUAUGAAUUGAUGUUUGAGAAACUAAAAAAAGAAACAGGAUUAAAUUCCAUCGAAGAAAUUAUUCACACAUUUAGAACAAUAGAAGACACUAAUAAUGAAUUGUUUAAGUAGGCGAAUGUUUUGAGUGAUUAAAUUGAUUCUGAAGAAAAAUAAAUUGAAGAACUUCAGAAAUAAAUUUCAUAAUAUACUAAAAACCAAUAGAAGGAAGAUAACGAAUUUGAAGAUGAAAAGUUUAAAUUUGCUUAACAAUUAGAGAGAAGUGAGAAAUUGGAUAAAAAUAUUUAAUAAGUUGAAAAUGAAAUCAAAGAAUAUGAGAGAGAACUAUUGGAAAUAGCAAAUAAAUUAUAAAUCAAAUAUGAUCCAAAUUCAGAGGUCACUUUAAUGUAAUUAGUUGAAUAAAGAGCUUAUGAACUUGUUGAUUUAUAUAGAUACUAUGACAAUCAUAAUUACACUAUUGAUUCAAAGAAAAAUGAUCAAGAGAGUACCGUUUCUAAUUAGGAUGAUUAAACUAUGAAAGAUUUACUGGAUGGAGUUGAGAAUGAGAAGGAGGCUGAAAAGAUUAUGAGCAAAGAUGAUUUUAAGAAGAUUGGAUCAUAGGAAUUAUAAUAGUUUUAGAAGAAGAUUAUAAGCAAGAAAAAGAGAGAAUGA